ACUUAUCAGGCUGAGGACACGCUCUUCAAGGUCCACCGUCGGGACUUCGAGGGCGGCUCUGAAGUGUUCAGGCACAUGUUCGAGCUGCCCAACUCCCACCAGAAAGACGAAGGCUCUUCAGCGGAGCUCCCGCUUGUGCUUCAGGGGAUCAAGGCAGCGGGGCUAGAGGACUUUCUUGACGUCCUUUACCAAAGAUCCUCCAGGUCCAACUCGGCGCUGAUGUCUCUGGAGCGGUUGAAGACGGUCUUCAAGCUCGCGGCGAUGUGGGAGUUCGAGGGCGUCCGCGCGCAGGUGCUGAGCGCAUUCAAGGAGCACAUGCGUGGUGCGAACAGCAUGGACACCAUUCUACUCUACCAGGAACUCCACAUAAACAUCGACGAGGACUUUGUCCUGGCUGUGCAGAGCACCAUCGAGAGAGAGGAAGAAGUCUCGUACGACGAGGCGGAGAAGCUGGAGCUGGGGACCCUCAUGCGACUGUGUACCAUACGGGGCUGGUACUCGGCAACGAAAGCAAGGGCUCAGCUUCCCAGCAAAGUGUGCGCCGCAUGGAACGUGCCAGCCCUGGCUCCUCAGAUACUGAGACCCACUCGGAUCCCUCGGGAUUGUGGGGAUUGGGGGGAUUGGGGGGAUUAUUGA